GCUGUCUUUGCAAGCAAGCAAGUAUUAAUCUUCCUUGUUUCACCCUUGCUUUGAGAGGAGGAUAAGUAGGGUUUGGCGGUCUGUGAGUGAGGCUGCUGCUUUGGAUUAAAGAAGCACUUUGUAGGGUUGGGUUGCUGGAGACAUGCGUGACUAUAUCUGGCAAAGGAUGGAGAAUGACCAAGGAGAGCUUGCCGACGUAGUCCGCGCCGGUGGGUGGGUCGGAGCUUCGAGUACUGCCUUCCCGGCCAGCGACUGGCAGCUCCCUUCAGAGCCCGUGGUCUUCCCACCCGCAUCGAUCAAGGACUCGAGUAGCGACUUGGGCGAUCCUUUCAUGAAACUUUGCGACCCCCUCAUCGACGAAUUAUCCGGCAUCGAGUUCUUCAAGAGCAGAGAAACAAUGGCAGGGCAGGUCAACAUGGUCAUCAAGGAGAGCGACUGCGGUGAUGGUGGUGGAUUCAUAUCUCAGAAGUUGCUAAUGGGUGGGGGGAUUAAGAAGCCUUUUGAUAUCACCUCGCCAGAAGCAGACAAGUCUUCUCCUCUCUCUCCGGUAAUGGCUGGGGAGAUGAUGAAGGUAAGUAGCGGUGCAGUAGGAUGCUUGGGAGACGAUGGUGGUGGAGGACAACAGAUCUCAUCCUCGCUCGAGCAAGGUGUCAAACGGAGGAAGAACGAAGCGAAGAAGGUAGUAUGUAUUCCAGCUCCUGCAGCAGCAUGUGGUAGGCCUGGUGGAGAGGCUGUGCCUUGUGAUCUAUGGGCUUGGAGAAAGUAUGGCCAAAAACCAAUCAAGGGAUCUCCUCAUCCUAGGGGCUAUUACAGAUGUAGCAGUUCCAAAGGAUGCUCGGCGAGGAAACAGGUAGAGCGUAGCCGAACCGAUCCCGACAUGUUGGUAAUCACAUACACAUAUGAACACAACCACCCAUGGCCUACGCAGCGUAAUGCGCUUGCUGGCUUCGCAAGAUCUCAGACAUCAAAGAACUGCUCUACUCGCAAUCUAAAGGAAGAGCCUAAGGAUACAACAAGAUGCAGUGCUGCUUCAGUGAAACAAGAGGUUAAAGAGGUAGUCGACAAGGUCAAUGAUCAAGCAUUCUAUAGAAGCCGCGAGCCCCUCAUCUCGGAACAAUACCACCCUGACAACUUCUUCACAGAUAUGUCGGUGUUGGAGGCCGACACAGUGAAUCUCAUCUUCUCAAAGGAGCUUACCGAAACAAAGCCAGAGGAGAAUGGAGACAAGGCCUUGGAUCCAUUCAACAUGUUCUAUUAGGCAUGCAGGAAGAUCGAUGAUACAUUGGCACAACAUAUACAUUAGCUAGUAGGCAAGCUAGAGAUCGUGCUUUUAGGUUACAUGUCGAAGUUUGAAUCAAGAUGGGGGUGGGGGAGGAGCGAAGGGUGUGCUCGUGAUAUGUUGUCUGUGGAUGAGUUGGGAGAAGGGCCUGGAAGAUCCACGGCAUUUGGAAUAAUGGAGGACAGUACGUACAAUGACUGCAAAAGCCUUUGCAGGGCAGUUAAGAGGUGUAGGCUGAGCUUUUCUUUUGCUACUGUUUCCUCCUUGUUUCAAUGUGCCGAAGAAGGAGUGCUUGGCAGUGUGGUCAGAGUUUUAGUAAGAUUCAUGGACAAAGGAAGCAACAAAGAUUAGUAGGAGGAGCUCAAACAUACAUACAAUUGUCAUUUGGAGAAUGAUGAGCAGGCAUUAGGUCUUGGAAGGAACAAGUCAGUAUCAUUCAUUCUCUCUUUUGCUCCUUAGCUUUCUUUCUUCACCUGUACAUAGCUUGCAACUUCUCAAUGCUGAAGUCAUAUUACUUCCAAGGUCAAGAAGGCAUUCAGAUUGUUCCUGAAGAUGUUUCCAAACCAUAGUUCAAAGCCUCAAUGUGCUUUUUCUUUUCUGUUUUUUACUUUGUGUGUGUAUGACA